AUGUUCUCAUCUCCAAGGACAUAUUCAUGUAGGGCAGACUCUGCAAAACCUAGUGUUCCUCCACGGGUCGUGACUCUUCUCCCGAAAAAUCUUGUUGGGUUCCGGGUAACGUUACCGCCAAGCUGGCGCAGUGAACAGGCCCUUGGUGAAGUUGGCCCCUUGGAAGCAUCUGCAGUGAACGUCUAUUUCUACCUGCGUGCUAAAGAGUCCCCUGUCCUUGUCACGCCCUUUAACAGGUCCUGUGUCCCUCGUUCUAUCUCGUCGUUAGAAACUCUGCCCAUGGAAGCUUGGCAGUUUCUACCCACGACUUUCUCAGAGUGCGCAGAUCAGACCUUGGGCGGAUUUGAUGCUGUUACAAGUUCCACCAUAGACGAGGUGCAUGUGAGCCCUGGCUGGCCCGGGGAAAUCUCUGGCCAAGCAUGCGCUGCUGUCAUGAGAAGCACAGCACAGCUAGGACGCGGAUUGAUAAAGGGUGUGUGUAGAAGGUACGGGCUUAUUAUUGAAGCCCCCUGCGCAUGUGAAGUGCCUUGGGUACGCCAAGAUGUGCACCCAAAAAGGGCCCCUGCACCUCAGCAGGUUCUGAGCCACUGCAAACCAGUCAUCACAAUGGCAUAUAUAGUGCGGAAGGUAUCUUUUAUCUACAAAACAGUCUUGGUUGUAUUUUUAAUUCUUAUUAUCAUCACACGCCUUUCCUGCCAGGAGGCAAGGUGCGUCGGAAACAAGCUGUACGCCUUACUUCCACCCCUUCGCUGA